AUGGUCGCAAAGGCUCAUCUCCGCCCCGAAAGUCAGCAGAUGGCGAGCGAAGGAAGUAUUCAAUCACUUUCGGUGGUAGAGAAAGGCUCAGAAGGCUCGCAUCCUCAGCCGCCUGGAUCAGAGCAGCGCAAGACACGUCCAAGAAACUUUCUGGCAUCAUUAGGUGCGCUGGUCUUCAUACUUGCUCUCACUCUCGGCCUUGGUCUCGGACUUGGACUCGCACGCAAACAUAGAACGCAGUCCGGUGCUGCGACGUCAAGUAGCAAAAUAGUGCCAGGAGCGACUGCGAGCAACCUAGCUUUCAUUCCUCGAGAGCAGCUCGUCGACCCAACCCAGCUGACAUUGAGCCCAACAUGGGAUCGAAAUGCUCCACCACAAGACCGCAUCUUCAACUGGACGCUGACGCAGGUCUUGGCGAACCCUGCUGGCACAACAAAGCAGAUGCGCCUCGUUAACGGCCUCUACCCUGGACCGUUGGUCGAAGCAAAUAUCGGUGAUCGUAUCAUUGUGCAUGUCGAAAACAAGAUGCCGGUACCGACUACGAUUCAUUGGCAUGGUCAAUACCAGAGAGGCUCGAACGAGAUGGAUGGCUCUGCUGGCAUCACAGAGUGCGGCAUUGCUCCCGGAACUACCUUCACAUACAACUGGACUGUUCAACAGUCAGGCUCGUAUUGGUGGCACUCGCACUAUGGUCCCACAUAUGCUGACGGCCUCUUUGGUCCCUUGAUCCUUCAUGGUGAUGACGAAGAGUUCAAGAUGACAAACCCUAACAAUGCUGCGGCUUCCCAGGCUGGUGUCGUUCCCACUGUCACUAUUGCCAACGGCAUUGCGGUCAGAACUGACUACGACCAGGAUCAUAUCUUCGUGGUAAACGAUGCCUAUCAAGCAGACUCUUUCACUGUCGCUGCUAUUGCCAAAUCAAAGGCCGGCCCGCCUGGUGGCGAGCAAGGUGACGAGCCGACACCAGACUAUGGCAUGAUCAAUGGACUCGGCUUCUCCAACUGUGGUCUCGCACCCAACGGCACUACCUGCAUUUCGGAUCCACCGCAAGGCAAGUCUGCCUACAACUUCACGGUCCCUGCCAACAAACGUGUCCGCAUGCGUGUCAUCAAUGCUGGCUCUCUUGCCACCUUCCGCUUCUCGGUCGACGGUCACAAUAUGACCGUGAUUGAGGCGGAUGGCAUUGAAGUCGAGCCUGUCAUAGUUCAGAGCUUGAACGUCAUGGUCGCUCAGCGAUACUCGGUGAUCAUUGAGACGGACAAACCUGUCGGAGCGUAUGCCGUUCGCGCAGAGGUGAUGGAUGACAUGUUCGCCUACGACAAUCCGUUCCUCGUCAUGGACCAGUACGCCAUCAUGCGUUACGAAAGCGUCGCGGCUUCAGCUCAGCCAAUGACCAACCCGUCAAACUCGACUCUGCUCAACGUGACGGAGACCUUGAGCACAUCACAGCUGGUGCCCAUCACUAGGAUCGAUGCCCCCGCAUCCAAUAUGACAACCAAACUUGUCGUCAACUUCGGCCUGGACGCAUACAGCAACUGGCACGCCUUUUUCAACCAGACCACUUUCACUUCCGAGAUGGCGGCUCAAGCCUCGCUGAUGAAAUCGUACACCUUUGAGACCAGCCAGCGUUCAUCGUCAAACACCAGUGUCGAUGCUUACUACAACGACCCCGACGAGAUGAUUGUCACAAACACAGACGUCGUCGUGAUGGACGUCAUUAUCAACAACCUCGACGAAGGCUCCCACCCCUUCCACCUCCAUGGCUACUCACCUUUCCUCAUCGGCGAGGGAGCGGGCAACUUCCAGGCUCAGGAUCAGCCCAACUUUGCGGCUGCCAGGGUCAAUCCAAUGCGCAGGGACGUCUUCUCAGUUCCACCUUUCAGCUGGAUGGCAUUCCGCUUUGUCGCUGACAAUGUAGGAGUCUGGCCUUUCCACUGCCAUCUGAUGCCACACAUGGCGAUCGGUCUCUUGAUGCAGUUCCAGGUCUUGCCUGAUCAGAUCGCCAAACUUCCAGUAAGAGAUCAAAACUACAAUCAAUGCUCAGCUGUCUACGAUUGGGUCCAACAGAAUCAAAAUCUUCUCACGUCAACGGGCAACCCUGGUUACAUGUAG